CCCUUCUCGCCGAGGCGGCGCGGCCUCCGCCCCCUCCCUCCUUGCCGCGGUCGCUGCCCGGCCCCGGCGCGAUGUCGGGCGGCGCGGCCAGCGCCCCUAAGCCCCUGCCGUCCUCCGGGCCCAAGUCGCUGCGGGAGAUGCCGCAUCCCCUGGCCACGUCCAGCAGCGAGGAGAUGGGGCCGGCGCUCACCCCCAGCCCCGACCUUCUCCUGCCCCGCAGCAUCGCCGACAAGGAUCUCAGUCUGCCCAAUGGCACACCAGUGGACACUUCUAGCCCAGCCUCCUCCUCAUCUCUCCUUAAUAGGCUGCAGCUGGAUGAUGACUUCGAUGUGGAAACUAGAGACCUCUUUGUUACUGUUGAUGAUCCCAAAAAACAUGUGUGCACGAUGGAGACGUAUAUCACAUACAGGGUUACAACAAAGACCACACGAGCAGAGUUUGAUUUGCCAGAGUAUUCUGUCCGUCGGCGGUACCAAGACUUCGACUGGUUGAGAAACAAGCUGGAAGAGUCUCAGCCAACACAUCUUAUUCCCCCUCUUCCUGAAAAAUUUGUGGUGAAGGGUGUUGUUGAUCGCUUUUCGGAAGAGUUUGUGGAAACAAGGAGGAAAGCAUUAGACAAGUUCUUGAAGAGAAUAACUGAUCACCCAGUGCUGUCUUUUAACGAGCACUUCAACGUCUUUCUCACAGCUAAGGAUCUUAAUGCCUACAAAAAGCAAGGAAUGGCUUUGCUGUCAAAGAUGGGGGAGUCUGUCAAAUACGUUACAGGAGGCUACAAAUUAAGAAGUCGGCCACUGGAGUUUGCAGCCAUUGGGGAUUAUCUAGACACAUUCUCUCUAAAGCUUGGUACCAUUGACAGAAUAGCACAACGGAUCAUCAAGGAACAGCUGGAGUACUUGGUGGAACUACGAGAAUAUGGACCUGUUUAUUCAACCUGGGGAGGGCUGGAGGUUGAGCUGUCAGAGCCCCUGGAAGGAGUGUCUGCCUGUAUUGGGAAUUGCUGCACAGCUCUUGAAGAACUCAGUGAGGACAUGACAGAAGACUUCCUGCCUGUGCUUAGGGAAUAUAUAUUGUAUGCUGAGUCAAUGAAGAAUGUGUUGAAGAAGAGAGACCAAGUUCAAGCAGAGUAUGAAGCAAAACUGGAAGCAGUAGCCUUGAAAAGAGAAGACCGUCCAAAGGUACCCACAGAUGUUGAGAAGUGUCAAGACCGAGUAGAAUGUUUCAAUGCUGACCUGAAAGCAGAUAUGGAGAGAUGGCAGAACAACAAAAGACAAGACUUCAGGCAGCUACUCAUGGGGAUGGCAGAUAAAAACAUCCAGUACUACGAGAAGUGCCUUACGGCGUGGGAGUCAAUUAUACCACUAUUGCAAGACAAGCCAGAGACCAAAUAAGAAGUACCUUCAUGGACAGUCUAGCACUUCUGUGCUCAGUACCACUAGUCAUACUGGAGCUGUAUGGAGGACUCUUUUUGUUAAGUUAAUUGAAAUGACAGCUGCACUUAGUUUUUCAGAGUAUCUGUUCCAGCCUAUUUGAAUUUUUUUUUCCUCAUUUUGUUUUUUUAAUGUGUUUAAACUGGGGUAUGUUUCAUCUUUUUGAGUUAUCUUGAAUGGUUCCUUCUUUAUCCUAUGGAGUGAUUGGGGUUCACAGUGAAAGUGCAUGGGGAUCUUGUUAAAAUUUACCUCUCUAGUCUGGAAGGAACUGAUGAGUGGAACACUAAAAAGAUGAAAAUAAAACUCUACUGCAAGGUGCCAAAUGACAUUUUUACUAUUCUGUUUUGUUUGCUUUAAAAAAAAAAAAAAAACAAAACCAAUAAUUAUUUCUAUGAAACAGUACUCCCAAACCA